AUGCCUUUGCCAACAUUAUUAGAUGCAGAAAAUAAAGAGCUAUUUAUGAGAGUUUUAAAUUUCUCGUAUCCUUUAACGAUUGAAAAUGUGCAAAAUGAGCAAUGUGGUGUACAACUUUUUAUGUUUUUUCCCACGAUGUCUGAUUCGGGUAUCGAGAUUAAUUUUAAGACCGACAUGAUGUAUUUACCCCCGGGUUCCUACACGUUACAGAAACUUCUCGAUACCCUGAACACAUUUGUCGCCGAAUAUGAUGUGAAUUUUACAAUUUUAAAUAAUAACCGUGUUGGUGUGACGUACAAUAUCGAACGUGAAUAUUGGCAUUCUGACGAAACUGUAAAAAGAAUUUUAACAAAACCACCCCAUCAAAUAUUCGAAGUUUUUUCCCAAAAUACCAACGAGGGUGAUGAAUUUCAGAUGGUGUUUACUGAAUCGUUGGAAUAUAUGCUAAGUUUGCGAGAACUAAAGGUUCAUCCGGAUGUUGAAGAAACAAAAGCGGAAUUGCUUAAAGGAUCUUAUUUUUUUCCAACCCGUAUUGGUGAUACCCUUUCGUGGUACAAUUUUAUGAAUAAAGCAAAUGCACGUGGAAAUAAUAAAUUUGCUUGUUCAUUCAUGGGUAAAGCCCUCCCCGAUAUUUCCAAUGGUAUUGAUAAAAUGUUUGUAUAUUGCGAACAAUUGGAAAUGUCUGUUGUUGGCGAUACAUAUGCACCCUUGUUGGCUAUUAUACCCUUAAACGGUAGCGACCGAGGUAGUGGGGCAUUGUGUACAUAUACACCGCCGAGUACACGCCGUAGAUUAAUCAAAAGUAAAAUUGAUCAAUUUAAAGUUACAAUCUACGAUACAACGCAUACGCUAAUACCAUUUAGCAGCGGGACUGUGAAUAUCGAGUGUGUUGUAGAAUAAGAAAAAAAUGUUAAAGAUCGAGUUAGAAGUAAAAAGCGAUCGUCCUAAAGAACUUGUACCUGUAAAAUAUGAAUACAGCUCGGAAGUUAAAGCACAAUUGUCACAUAAAUUAAUGUAUUAUACUGUGGCACAUGUGACAGGUUUACUGGGCGGGUAUAAAUUAUCAGUAGCUCGAAAAUGGGAUGUUACAAGCAAAUUAACAGGUGCUGAAAUCCCAGCCACAGGUGGUGGGUUUUUUUAUGGUGGUAAAGAUUAUGCCACAUGGCGUGGAAAGACAGUUCGACAUUGCUAUACCCUAAAACGUUAUUUAUUAUUUGAACGGUUUGAACAAAUAUCUAAUAAUAGUAUAAUAAUUCCUGUAUCAAAUUCAACGGUAAAAGCACCACUUCCAAAUUGUUUAUUGACCGUACGAAAUGUUGCUGAUUUAGACGAGAAUGUGAAAUUUAUAUUUGAACGAACACCUGGGUAUGAUGGGGAUAGUUUUGCACUGGCUGCAAAUGUGUUAAACCGAUCAAAAUUAUCCAUUAUUUUGAAUAUAUACGAGGAAAUUUAAAAUGAAAUUAUCAUUCACGAUGCAGCAAUCAGACUACGUAAAGCUAUUAAAAGGAGGUGGUGCCCGUUAUAAAGGGACACAAUUGUAUAUGUUGCAGGGUAAAGCGUCAACCGUUGAAGAACGUGCCGCGGGUAAAAUUUGCCCACCACCGCAGUUAAAUCCGAAUUACGCGCCAGAUCCUAAAAUACAAAAGGUUGGUAAAAUACAAUCCCGAGUUCCUAAGCAACAACAACAACAAAGAGCCCCCCGUGCCGGUGCUAUAGCUCCGGAAAUUUUAAAAUUAAUCUAUGGGUAGUAAACGAAGAAAUGCGUAUAGAAAGAAAAAAGCACGAAAAGUAAAAAAACAAAAAGGUGGUUUUGGCCCCGCUGCAGGAAUAGCGCUGGGGAUGGCAUUACCGAUGUUAUUAAAUACCGGUACAAGCGUUGUGGGUAGUAUUUUCGGUAAAAAAUCUGCGGGAAGACCCACACCAAGUGUAAAUAAUCAAGGCGGGAAUAGACAAUCCCCUGCUUGGAUGGAUGCAGCACCACCCCGACGUCGUCGUAGACGACCGCAAAGAUACUACGAUGACGAUUAUUAUUAA